GGUGCUUGUGGUAUCAGGUUUUUGCAGAGCUCAACACUAUUUCACCCAGGAUCGGAUCGGUGUGUGUGCGUGUGUCUCCGUGUGUAUGUGUGUCUUCCAUCCCGUGAAGCGUUUAUAGUGCCGCACCCUGUCCUCUGUGCGUAAAACCUCCCACGUACAUCAUCAUCACACACCACGUUUCAUUCUUCCAGCAGCUCGGGACGAGUGGAGGGUAGCGGCUCACCUCGCGGACAGGUUGGACUCAGAGAUGGGAGCGGAGCGGCGCCUUUUCUCGCUAUGACACGGACACACCGGGCGGGAAGGAUGGCUCUAACCAGCCGGGAAAUGUUGUGCUUGAUCGGAACCGCCUGCCUCUGGCUGCCGUUGUUGGCGGAGGUGGUGGCUGAGGACAGUUACUUAAACGAGGUGCAGAACUCAGUGCCUCUGUCCUGCUCUGAGGGAUUCACAGAAUUGGGAUACUACAAUGGCACCGUGUCUCAGACGGACUCUGGCGCCCCCUGUCUGAAGUGGACUGAGUUUCCAGACUACGUCAUGCAGUACCCGGGCCGAGGGCUGGGCGACCACAGCUACUGCAGGAACCCGGACCGAGAGUCCAACCCCUGGUGUUUCUUCAGACAAAACUCUGGAGCCAUCGGCUGGGCCUACUGCGACUGCCACCAGGGUGCGGCACGUUUGGUGGGCAGCUCAUCCUCUGGCAGUGGCCGUGUUGAGGUCUACCUGAAUGGCCAGUGGGGGGCAGUGUGUGACUCUCACUGGUCAGACAGAGACGCCAGUGUGAUCUGCAGGCAGCUGGGCCUGGGGGACAUUGGCACGGCGCUGCAGCACUCGCAGUUUGGCUCAGGCUCUGGCCUCUUCCACUACGAGCGUCUGGGUUGCCGCGGUGACGAGAACACUCUGAGUAAGUGCCGGAGCAGGACGUUCGUCACCGGUGACUGUAGCCAUGGAAACGAGGCAGCAGUUGUAUGUGCGCCGCCAGAAGGCAGUGGACCGCCGCUGCGAUUAGUCGGAGGCGAGGAAGACUUUGAAGGUCGAGUGGAGGUGUUUCACGCAGGAACGUGGGGCUCCGUCUGUGACGACCAGUGGGACGACAGAGAUGCUGAGGUGGUGUGCAGACAGCUGGGUUUCAGUGGGGUGGCGAAGGCCUGGUCAUGGGCUCACUUCGGUCAGGGUUCAGGUCCGAUUCUGCUGGAUGCUGUGAAGUGCACCGGAAACGAGCUCUUCCUAGAGCAGUGUCCCCAUGGUGACUGGGAGCAGCACAACUGUGACCACAUGGAGGAUGCUGGGGUCUCCUGCAGCCCUUAUACAGAUGGUGUGGUGCGUCUUGUUGGAGGAGACAGUCCAUGGGAAGGUCGGGUCGAAGUUUUCCAUAACGGCGACUGGGGGACGGUGUGUGACGACCACUGGACCCAGCAGCAUGCAGAGGUGGUGUGCAGACAGCUGGGCUACAGGGGCCACGCUGAGGUCGUCUCGGACGGGGCAUUCGGCGAGGGCGUUGGGCUGAUCCUCCUGGACGACGUCAACUGUGAGGGAUCAGAGACCUCCCUGCUGGACUGUCCACACGGGAUCUGGGGCCGGACUGACUGCUCCCACAGCGAGGACGUCGGCGUUCGCUGCAGGAGCCGAGCUAGCCAAGAAACCAAUGACGUGCCAGUUAUCGCACCUUCCACAGGUCCCCUGGUACGUCUUGUGGGUGGCAGCAGCAGAAAGGAGGGUCGAGUUGAGGUGUAUCUCCAUGGUGACUGGGGAAGUAUUUGUGAUUCGGGCUGGAACGACCUGAAUGCAGUGGUGGUGUGCAGACAGCUUGGACACAGUGGUGGGGCGGUAGCGGCCGGAGGAUUCGGGCAGGGGAAGGGGCCCAUCCACCUGGACCAGGUGAGGUGCACAGGGAAGGAGGAGUUCCUGGGAGAGUGUCCCUCUCUGGGCCAGAGCAUCCAGGGCUGCAGACGCAGGGUGGAUGCAGGGGUGAGGUGUGAUGUCACGCCGCAGAAGUCAGCGGUACAAGCCAAGCCUCAAGAGCUGAGCUGUGGGCUGAGGAAGCUGGUGGAGGAGGAGAGCAAGAGGAGGAACCAAGGGCAGGACAACAUGCUCAGGACCACGUGGCCGUGGCAGGUGUCAGUGUGGCUUCAGUCUCAAGAGCAGGAUGAGAGUCCUCUCUGUAGCGGCACUCUGAUCAGCCCCUGCUGGGCCCUGACGUCUGCUUACUGUGUCAGCAGGUUUGGCAGCGACCCGUCCAGGUACAUGGUGCGUGUCGGGGCUUCAGAGCAGACUCUGACCCCGGAGCAGAUGGUGGUCCACAGGAAGUUCAAGGGUCAGAGUGGAGGUCACGAUCUGGCUCUGUUGAAGCUACCCAGCACCAAGGGUCACUGUCUGACCUUUGAGCACAACACCAACGCAGCAUGCCUUCCUGCCACUGACGCAGCAUCAGUGGGAAGUUCUCCGUCUUCUUGUGUCGUCAUGGUAACCACUGGCUGGUCAGGACCAGACUCAGUCCUUGCAUCCUGGGUCCCUUUGAUGUCGUCAUGGCAAUGUAAGAAGCGCUAUGGCGACAGCUUCUCCAGCCACGGCACCCUGUGUGCUGGCAGUCCUCCAGACACCAGCCUCCUCCAUGGCGACAGUUGUCAGGGCAACUCUGGAGGCGGGCUCUUGUGUCAGGGGGAGACGGGCCGAUGGGUCCUCACCGGGGUUGUUGCUGGGGGUUACGGCUGCGCCGACCCCUCCUCUCCCGCGCUCUACACUCGUGUCAGCCGCUUCAGGAGCUGGAUCGAGGAGGUCAUCAACACACGAGCACACCCAGAGGAACCACACACACACACACAAGAAGAUCUGACGCGCGCUGACAAUGGCCCAACACACACGCACGGCGAGGGUGAGGACGAAUACGUCCACGUGCACGGCAAGCUCAAACACACACAUGAUCAGCAAGAAACAAAUGAAAUCAAUGAUAUCAAACACACACACACUCAUCACUCACACACCAACCAGCACACUAACACACACACUAAAAGCAGACACACCCAGCGUGUAGGGGACGCCGACACAAACACACAGAUUCUGGUCUGAUCGAGGCCGUGCCAUUGGCUUACCAUCUGUGCCAUGUGACCGCCUGAGGAGGAGGAAGGAGAGUUAGAAGAAGACGAAGGUUAACUUUAAAGAAAAGCGAGACGCUCCUAACGUAGGUCUGUACAAACGGCCGUCUCUGUGCUCAUUUCAAAUCAGAACUCCGUGUUGUGUUUGCGGUUGCUAAUCGUCGGACGAGUACAGCAGUGUGGGCAGACCUCCCCCGAGCUGCCGGGAUGACCGUGUGCGUGGGUGAUUUGUGGUGCUUUACGUGUGAGUUACAGCCUGUUGAGAGGCAGAGCAACGACCGGCGGAGUCGGCAGCGUUUAGGUUGAGCCUGGCAUGCUGAUCGGGGCCUUUUUCACUGAUACUGAAAAUCAAAAAAAUCAGCAUGGCAUGUAUUUUAAGGACAAUAGUGUUUCAAAUAUUCUGGGGAAAUAUUUCUGAGACGGUCACACAAGAAUCUAUGCUAAAAUUCACCUAUUAAUGUGCGUCCUCUGUGUGUUUAGUAACAAAAACCGACAAACUAACCACCAGAACAUCUCGAUCAUCAUCGUCCCUCUGAGAUUAUUAACACAGAUCAACCCCUAAACUCCUGCAUCACAUGUGGGCGAUGUCGCUUUUUCCAACAGGGCUCGUCUCUUCAGGCUGUUGUCUUAUACCUUUACUGGUGAAAGUGCUGUUUAGACCCAUGACUAAGCUAUUUAACUUGGGACCAUACCAGUGACUCAUCAUGUUUUACUGUUCCCAUGCUGCAUGCUUUACACUGCUGCUGCUGACUAUUUUAAAUCCCAAAGUUAAUUCAAAUCGUCACACAGCAGCACCUACAACCCUCAAACACAUCUGUACACAUCUGUGCCCUCACUCUAAGGCGUACUGGGUAUCUAUUAAUGGUAAUAUACUGUUUAGUAGUAUCUAAUAGAUCAGCUGUAAGCAUUAAACAUGUGGGUUGCCAGGUUUAUAAUCACAGAUGGUUUAAUAAACAGAACUUGUGACCUUCCUCCUCGCCAACCCUAGAUUCGCUCUUGUUUUGCCGCGCUGUAUUUGUGUUUUUCGGUGCUGUGUCUCUUGGAUGUUUGCGCCUUACGGUACACACACUUGUAGUGGGUCAUGAGUGAUGAUUUUAGGAGGAGUAUAUCUUUAACAUUUAUAUUAUUAGCUUCGAUAUUAGAAAGGAACACUGCGACAGAAAUCUGAAGCUAUGCACUACAUACUCAGUACGUGUACUUUCCUUCAAAAAAAUUCUCUCUGGAUAAACCGCAGUACGUAUCUUUUCCGACACACUGACACGUCACUUCCUAAGAGCCUCCUUGGCGGUUGGAGAUGUGUAACCAUGGUAACUCAUGCCAACCUCAGCUUCUACCGGCAAUUUGAAAAAUACUCUAAAAUACAUUACGUGUAGCUUAUACGUACACUUAAACUGAAGUGUUAACGACCUUACAGAGUUAACUCAGCUCCUGUCUGUUAUGAACAUUGUUGACGUCCACAUUGCAUUGUGGGAUAUUGAUGCCGGCACAGUGUCCAGGGCUGACAUGAUGUCAGAUUUCACUACACGAUAAUCGUGGCCAGAAUAGUUCACAAUAAAGAUAUUGUGAUGUCUAUGGAAAAUUAGCGAGGUGACGAAGGUGGUUCUCUUUUUACCGGGAUAAAUCACUGUGCUGGUCGAGCCAGAUAACGACAACAUAUCCUGGGUAAGUUGACAGUUAUCGUCAGCACUGUAUAUAUCACAACACCCGUCACACUAACUGUUGGUUUCAAAGUGCGGCUACUGUAAAAUCUCACGUACUGUUUAAGACAUAAGACACUGACUUUUAAUGACUCACCUACCGGAGAGACAUUUCACAACCUGGCAACCCACACAUUGUUAAAGGCUAAAAACUGAGCUAUAAAACAAUUCGUUACUUGAAACUUAAUUGAUCCCUUUAGUAAGAAUGUCUGGUAACACUUUAUUUGAAUCGUCCGCCUACAGAGUUUAUAGAGUGUCUGUAACAUUUCAACAGCCUGUUAGUUUUUUCUGAGAACAUGUCAGUGUGGUCAUGAACUGUCACAUACUUUAUAAUCUGUUAAACAUCUACAGAAUAAAGAGAAACGGUUGAAUUGUGGUCAAACCCCAGGGUGGGGGAGCCCUUCUGUGUGGAGUUUGCAUGUUCUCCCUGUGUCAGUGUGGUUUUUCUCCAGGUACUCCAGCUUCCUCCCACAGUCCAAAGACAUGCAGGUUAAUUGGUGACUCUAAAUUGUCCGUAGGUGUGAAUGUGAGUGUGAAUGGUUGUCUGUCUCUAUGUGUCAGCCCUGUGAUAGUCUGGUGACCUGUCCAGGGUGUACCCCGCCUCUCACCCAAUGUCAGCUGGGAUAGGCUCCAGCACCCUGCGACCCCUAACAGUAUGAGCGGUUACGGAAAAUGAAUGAAUGAGCAAUAUGCUGUUGAAAUGUUGCAGAGGAUAAUGAACCCAAUUUGAUUAACACAUUCACUGAUGUUAGAAGAAUAAAGACAAGAAACAUCUUGUAUCACAAACAUAAAAUGGAUUACAAAUUCCAAAAAUGAUUCCACUGCCCAGGUCAAACAGAAAUGGGACAGAGAACCAGACAAACUGAAAUUUAUACAGCUGGGUCUGGGCGGUAAAUCAAUGGCAAACCAUUUUCAUAUUGUUUGGGGAUGCCAAGAAGUUCUCCAUAUUGGUAACAGAUUGCCAAAGAAAUAAUCUUUGAACUAAAAGUUGAUUGUUCUUUUGAGCUAUUGUACUUGGGCUAAACCCCGGACAAUCACCAUUACAAAGUACUUUUGGCCGCGAGCAAGAAAGCCAUCACAUGAGGAGGCCACAGACGAGCCCUCUUCAAAGGACGACUGGGUUGGAGUUAUGAACCAAAUUCACUGUAUGGAGAAAAUCACCUUUACUUUAAGACUGCGACUUGAUCAAUAUACAAAACAAUGGGGAAAAACACCAAUAAAAAUAAAGUUCAAACCAGAUGCUCUUUAAACUAUCUGUAAGCAGACUGUCCAAACAAAGUGUUACCAAAAGCUUUAAUAGAGAGCUGCAGCUUUUCUAAUAAGUCCGUAACUAAACCCUAAAGUAUUCCCUGACUUUCCAGGAAGCUGUUGGUUUCCACUGACAGACGCUUCAAACGUGUGUCAUCCCUCACCAUCAAUGUCACAUCUGCAUCAUUUUAGUCAAAGUCACAUUGUUAUCUAGAGGUACCGCAGUGCGUUCCUUCUCACAUCAGUUAAUCUGCAUUACCUCACAACAGUAAUGGAGCAAGACAUCUUGCAGACGUGAUGGAUUAUACAACUCAAGCAGGAGUCUGCUAAUUGAUUUCUAUCCCAAAGGGAAACAGUGGCUUCCUGGAAAAAUACACACUGAAACACCUCCACUGCAGCAGCUGGAUUAAUGUACAUAGGUUUGUCGUUAAAGGCGCUAAAACUUGUAACAACACUGGUAUGGUCCUUUACACUGUACAGGAUACUUCUCUCCUUUCAAAGCCAUCAAAGCCGACUGUCGGGUGGUAAAAUCUCUUUUUGUACUGAUUCCAGCAGACGGCUGUAGAUGGAUAGAUAGAUGGAUAGAUAGCUUCUCUUCCUGAGACUAGAUAGUGUGUGUAACUGCAUUCAUUCUUGACUGAAUUAGAUAGCCGAACUCUUGAAGUUAAAUGUUGUCCGUUCUGUUGUACUCUGAGCAGAUGCGCGAUCUCACCAGAAGAUGGCGACAUUGCUCCACUUUAACGAGGCCGCCGCUCGUUGGAUAACGUGGCCCUGAUGGUUCUUUUUAUACUGUUGCUAUACGUGUACGGACUUGACUUGUGCUUUGAUGUACUGUGAACCAUUGUGUCGUGAAAGCAUCUUGUGACCUGCAACUGGACUGUUGUUAUAAUCCUGUACAUAAACUGGAGCCGAUCACUGCUCCUUCCUCCCUCCCUGAGAAUUGAUGUUUUACCAUGCAGAUCCUGUAGGUUAAUGUAAAUACCGUGUGUGUCUGUGGCUGGACGGUGACGGGGCAGCGUAAAGUGUUUAGGGCCUGCUUUACCUGUGUUAAACCCACCAGCUGUUCCUCAGUGUAAUGUGCUGAAUCAUGGUUGAGUAUUAAAACAUAUACCUGGUAAGAAGAAGCAUUCAGUGUUGGUGUGGCCUCUCUUCUCUUUCUUAUCCAAUAACAAACUUAGGGUAAGUCUGCGAUA